AUGUACAAUGGCAUAGGCCGACUCGUAGCUCCCUCUUCGAACAACAACAGUCAGCAGUCGAAUGGAUACGAUCCGAAAGUGGGCGGAGCCUGUUCGUCGGCCGAAGACGUCGAAAUGGAGGAGGAUCCGUACGAGAACCUCUCCGAGUACUUUCUCAAUCACCCGGCCGCACAGAACAAACGUAGGCGUUAUUGAGUCAGAAGAAAACGAACAUUUUUGCGAUUUUCAGCGUACGUUGCACGGGAAGUGAAAAAGGAAGAAGAAGAAGAAGGACCGGAGGAGUACAUCGGAGACCCGAUCAGACUGUCCGACAUGGAACCGUUCGUUCCGCCGUCGAUGAGGGAAGACGCUCCGUUGGCGAGCAUACUCAAUCCGCAGUUGGACGGCAUCGAUCCCAGGUACGGUUUUCGGCAAACUCCAUAAAGAAAGCAAUUCCAAUUUUGCAGAAUAUUCUUCAAAGAUUUCAUGCCGAACAAAGUGCUUCGAUUCUCGCGCCUCUUCGCCCAAAACAUCAAAAACUCGUCGCGCGCCGAGAUCUGGUGGGCCUCGAAAACGUUUGCGAAACAGCAGCGAAAGAGCACGAAAUCGGAGGAGAAAGAGGAGGAGGAGGGUCCCGGCGCGAAGAAAAAACUGAAGUUGAACAUAAUCGAGAAGGUGCCGAAACUGAUGCUCGCGCCCGACGAGGAGACGGAAAUGCGGCGGCCGAUGCUGACGGAAGCACAGAAGCAGGCACGGAAGAACGAGGAGGGACGGACGGUGCAGCCGUGGAGAACCGGUCCCGCACAGAUCUGGUACGACAUGAUGGGACUGCCCUCCACCAGCCAGUCCGUUAACUACGGGUUCAAGCUCAAGGUGAGUUGAGGGACAAUAUUUGGAGCUCAUGUAAAAAUGUAGUUUUUUAGAUGUUGGGGAUAAGAGAAUUGGAAAAAAGCAAGCUUUCUAGCUUUUACACAUUUUGUUCAGUUUUUAAAAUUUCCAAUUCAGAAGCCCUCAGCGAAAGUGGUGAGUCGGAGCGAGACGAAAGAAUCCACGUCGGCCCCUUUCCACGGUCCCACGGACCCAUCGACGGAAGCGUCGACAAGCUUGGCCCCGUCGAAAGUGGAGGUGAUCGAUAAGAGCUGCGGACCGUCCGUGUCGGAAGACGUCCUGCUGCCGUACCAGGUGAUCGAAUGGGAAAAGGACGUGAUUCUGGAUAGCGACGAAGUGAAGGAGCAGAUGUUGGAAGAGUUCUCGACGGGCAGAGGGUGCGGCUGGAUCGCCACGCAGUACACGCGCACCUACGAGCACUUUGUCUACGCAGGUCAGCUUUGAGACUUGAAAAUUUGAAAUCUCCAGCAUUUUCUUGUUUUCCCGGAAUUUCCCUUUUUUAAAGUACAAUUUUCAAAAACAAAAUUAGUUUCCCCAAAAUCAUCUUCAAUUUUGCAGCGAACAACAACGCGUUCGAGCAAAUGUUCGACGGAAAAUCGGCGCCGAUCAAUCUGAACGGUCCCGACGCGCUCAUCAUGCCGACGCCCACGCACUCGAUCUUUCCGUCGACGCCCAGCGAUUUGGACAUGAUUCCCUGGGAGAACAACAUCGUCUGGGACCCGGACGCGAUGGACACCAACUUGGGUACGCAAUUUCUUUAAAAUUUUCUCGAAUUCUACAAAGGAUUGAAUUUUCUUUCUAUUUUUUUCCGAAAUUACAAAGCAAUAUGAUCGAAUUUCUGCAGAACCCAUCGAUUUCCUCGUCGAUUUCGCCGACGACCCGCUCAUUUACGGAAUGCCCGAAGAUCGGCGGCACGACGACGAUCGGCCCGACCGGAAAGAGUCGCAGUAUACGAAAAAGUCGAAAAUGAUAUUGGGGCAGGUGGCGCAGCGGCAGAAACAGGAAGAGGACGAGCAGAUGGAGAACACGAUGGCCCAGUUCACGGACAACGACCCGUUCAACCUGAGCAACGACGACUACUACGUGCCGAAAGCGACCUCGAAGACCCUGUCGAGCAACUCGCUGCUCAUCCAGCACGCGACGCCCGCCCAGAACAUUGCCACGCAAUUCUUCCCCACCCAUCCGUCGAGCUUCCGGCUCCGCUACUGGCACCGCACUCCGUUUACCCGACGAAUCAUCCGACACUGGCAGCCCACUCGUUACGCCCCGAUCCAGACGCCGGCCAAACAUCAGGCGCGAGUCAACGCGAUGAGGGAAGCGAUGCGGUGCGCGCAAGGAGGCGGAGAAGUGUUCUACAUGAAACACGUGGAGGAUCUGAGCGGGAAGGACGAGACACUCGUGAUGAUCGAGUACAGCGAGGAACAUCCCGUCGUGCUCUCGCAGCCAGGAAUGGCCAGCAAGAUGAAGAACUACUUCAAGCGGAGGCAAGCGAACGACACGGAGCCGACGUUCGACUUUGGCGAAAUGGCGUUCUCGCACCAGAUACCGUUCCUCGGACAGCUCCAACCCGGACAAUCGCUGCAAUCCAUUGAGAACAACCUCUACAGAGCGCCCAUUUAUCCGCACAAACAGCCCAGCACGGAUUUCCUCUUGAUUCGCAGUCAGCAUCAGUGAGUUUGGAGCGAAAUACUCAAAUUUAGCAAUUUCACUCUAUUCCUUGCAGAUGGUACAUACGUCCGCUGCCCGCGCUUUUCGUCGCCGGCCAGCAGUGUCCGCUGUACGAAGUGCCGUCGCCCAACUCGAAAAGGGCGACUCUGUUUGUCCGCGACUUCCUGUUCGCCUUCAUCUACCGUCUUUUCUGGCAAUCCGAUCACACGCCGCGUCGUUUGAAAAUGGAAGACGUGCGCAACGCAUUCCCGCAUUACGCCGAGUCGAACAUCCGAAAACGGCUCAAAAUGUGUUCGACGUUCACGAGAAACGGAACCGAAACGUUUUGGGCGCUCAAAACAGAGUUCCGACUGCCGUCGAAAGAAGAAGUACUUUCUAUGGUCACCCCCGAAAUGUGCUGUGUCCAGUACAGUAUGAUGGCGGCCGAGCAGCGCCUUAAAGACGCCGGAUACGGAGAAAAGUACUUUUUCACGCCCGAAAACGAAGAGGGAUCGGACGAUGAGGUGACGAUCGAGGACGAGAUCAAGUGUGCGCCGUGGAACACAACACGCGCGUUCCUGGCGUCACAACGGGAGAAGUGCCUGCUGGACCAGACGGGCAUCGCGGACCCGACCGGCUGCGGACAGGGCUUCUCGUACGUGCGCGUCUCGCAAAAGCCGCAUAAGGACGAGAACGCGACGCCGGUGCCGAAGAAGCUGGUGACGGGCACGAAUGCGGACCUGCGGAAGCUGCCGUUGAAGGAGGCCAAGCAGAUCUGCAGGGGAUACGGAGUCAAGGAGGAGGAGAUCAACGCACUCACCCGGUGGGAGAUCAUCGACGUCAUCCGCACACUGUCUACGCAGGCGGCAAAGGCCACCAAGGAGGGAGAGAGUGAGUUCGGGGCACUUUAAAACACGGGAACAAUGUUUUGCCUGUUUUUGUCAAUUUUAUGGGGAAAAUCCGGAAAAUCCAUGACACGUGAAAUCUCGAAUAAUUGGGUCAGAACGAUUUGCAGCAAUCUCUGGAAUGGCUCGUUUCGCCCGUGGCAACACGCGUUUCAGUUCGGCCGACAUGCAGGAGAAAUACCGAAAGCACUGUCAACGCAUCUUCGACCUGCAGAACCAGUCGCUGGCCAACACGGAACCCAUUUCGACGGACGACGACUCGACGGACGCGGACUCGGACAACGAGGAGCUCGCGUCGCGGCUGGAGAGCAUGCUCGAGGCGAACAAGGGCAAAAAGAACAUUUCAAUGUCGGAGAAGGCGAAGAUGGAUUUCGAGACGGAGGAGAAGGAACGGGAGGAUCUGAAGCGGAUGAUCCACGGGAACACGAUCCAGAAGCAGGAGAAGAAGGAGAACGCGGCGGAGAUGACGGCCGAGGAGAAGAAGUCGGCCACCCAAUUCGGAGAGGACCUCGCCAUGUCCGCCUCGAAAAUCAGUGGGAUCACGGCCAACCAGCAGCUGAAAAUAUUCCGAACUUCGAAGGGACCGGACGGCAAAGACGUCACGCGGAUAGAGAUUGUCACGCGGCCGCAGCUCAUCGAAGCGUACACGCGCAUUCGAAUGACCCGCGACGACACGUUUAUUCAGGUUGGAAAUGGUUUUUGUAAAAAAAAAAUUGGGAUAUUUUUUAAAAAAAAAGUUCGGACUUUCUUUAAACCCUUUCUUUUCUUGCAGGUGUACGCACAAAUGGACGAGCAGUACAAAGAAGAGAAGCGGAAAAAGAAGCGUCGUCUGCAGGAUCAGAUGCGGAGGGCGAAGAAAAACGAGGAGAAGGCGGCGGCGAAGUCGACGAAAACGGCGGUGAAGAAGGAGAAGCCGCCGAAUCCGAACCUGCAGAAGAUGCGGUGCAGUGCCUGCCACGCCUACGGACACAUGAAGACCAACCGGAAUUGUCCGUUGUACGGAAAGGAUCCGAUUCUGAUGCCGCUGAAGGAGGAGGACGAGAUGUCGAUGAGUUCGAUCGCCUCGACGUCCGUCUCCACGACGACGACCUCUCUGAUCCAGACGGACACGGUGCAGGUGGACGGCACGAAGGUCAAAUUCAACCUGAACUUCCAAAAGAUCCACGAAGAGAGGCUGCGCGAGGAGAAGGCCCGGCGGAAACAGGCGAAACUCGCGGAGGCGGCCGUCCGCGAGCGACAGAUGGCCAGCAUGAUGGAGUUUGGCGGCAUUCCGCCCGGCGCCGGCACCGAGGAUGAGGACGACCGCUUCUCGCAGAUCUCCGCCGCCUCCUCGUUCCAGAACACUCCCGGAGCGGUCAGUUUUACGUCCUUUUUGAGACUAAAAGUUAAAAUUUUGAGGGGAUUUGCACUUGUCAGCCUUUUUCAAACAGAAAUUGGUCGCAAGUGAAAAUUUGAACAAAGUUAGCAAGUUUUGUGCGAAAUUGAAGUUGUAGAGUUAGUGACUAGAAGAAAUUUGCGUAAUUUUCAGGUACGUGGCAUGCGCGGCUCCGGAAAGCGUCGUUCGUCGAUAAUGCCGGAAGAGGACUACCUGCAGGGACCGGCAAAAAGCACGCACCGCAUCCGCGCGGACCCCAAAGUGACCAUGUCGACCAUGUUGACGGAGAUUGUGAACGAACUCAAGCUCAUCCCGGGAACCGACGCAUUCCUCCACCCGGUGAAUCCGAAAAAGGUGCCCGACUACCUGAAGUACGUGAAGAAUCCGAUCUCGCUGCAAGAGAUCAAGGCGAAAAUCACGAAGCAGACGUACGAGUUGCGCAAGGACUUCCUCAACGACAUAAAAUUGAUGUUCGACAACUCGCGCACCUACAACGGCGAUAACAACAUGAUCACCGUCGCCGCCCAACAGGUAGGACACCACUUUUUUAAUUUAGACGCUUUUUUUGCUGGUUUUAGCAAAAUUCUCACUUUCUUUCAACAAAACCCAAUAAGAACUUGACUUCAGAUGCUGCAACUGGCGGGCAAACGAAUGAUCGAGCGGGAGGACAAGUUCAUCGCGCUGGAGAAGCAGAUCAACCCGCUGCUCGACACGAACGACCUCAUCGGAUUCUCGUACCUGCUCGGCGAGAUCGUCCAAAAGUGCAAGAACAUUCCGAAGUCGGCGCCGUUCCAUGUGCGCGUCGACCCGAAGAAAGUGCUCAACUACUACUCGCGCAUCGCCGAGCCCAUGGAUCUGAGCAUCAUCGAGGCGCGCGCCAAGAACCACGAGUACACGCGAAUCGCCGAUUUUCUGCGCGACAUGCGCCAGAUCAUGCUCAACUCGCUCAGCUUCAACGGCGACGGAUCCAUCUACACGGCGAAGGCGCGCGAGAUUUUCCAAAUGGCCGAGGCGUUGUGCGAGGAGCAGAAAGCGACGCUGUUCGAGCUGGAACGGAACAUCAACCACGAUCCGAUCGGACGGGAAUCAGAGACGGUCGAGGAGACGGAGCCGGAAGAGACGAUGCACCACGAGCCGAUGGACUUUGAGCAGAAUCCGACGGAAGACGAGGACGACGAAGAAAUGCUCGACGACGAGGACGACGAGAUGCACGGCGGAGACGUCGAGGACGAGGAGAUCGAUGAGAAUGGGGGUAUGCGCGUUUUUGUUACCACAAAUUGUACAAUCGGGAAUUUGCAGUGUACGACGAGAACAUGUGGGCGGUAGAUAACGUGGGCGCCGGGCAGCUGAUGAACGACUUGGCGAUGUCCGAUUCGGACGAAGACGAACGACUCGAAGAGGUGCUGCGGCCGAACAAUGACGACGACAACCGAUUGGACUCUUUUUGA